GCGUCGUGAGGAAGAAGGCAGUGACCCGCUCCGUCAAGGCUGGGCUCCAGUUCCCCGUCGGCCGCAUCGGGCGCUACCUCAAGAAGGGCCGCUACGCGCAGCGCGUCGGCUCCGGCGCCCCGGUCUACCUCGCCGCCGUUCUUGAGUACCUCGCCGCCGAGUUAACUGCCGAUUUUGUUCGACAUCUGAACGGAUCUGCCUCCUCCUCGAGCAUAUAUCUGCCUUUUUUGCCCGGUCCUGUUCCUCUUGUGUUGGACAGAUGACCGAUUUCGUUCAUGUUUGAAUCGCAGGUCCUGGAGCUCGCCGGCGACGCGGCCAAGGAAAGCAAGAAGGCGCGCAUCAUCCCGCGCCACCUGAUGAUAGCCGUCCAGGGCGACCCGGAGAUCAGCCGGCUGCUCGCCGGCGUCACCAUCGCCCACGGCGGCGUGGUGCCCUACAUCAACUCCGCGCUGCUCCCCAAGAAGAAGGCCGCCGGCGCCGCAGAGAAGUCCCCCAAGAAGACGGCCGCCGCUACCAAGUCCCCCAAGAAGACGGCCGCCGCUACCAAGUCCCCCAAGAAGACGGCCGCCGCUACCAAGUCCCCCAAGUAGAAGGCCGCAGCCACAAAUUAAGGAGUAGCUGUCUGCAAUUGAUCUUGCGAAUGCUCGCCACCUGCUUUUGCUUCUGAACAUUUGUCAUCUGU